GAAAAACAUCAUUUUAACAAAUUGCUCGUUAAUUUUUCUUUAAUACAAUUGCUAUGCAUCUCAAAUAUUUAACAGAUUGUUUGUGCUCAACAAAAAAUAUAUUUACCGAACAAGGAAGAUUCUGUAGAAAAAAAAAUUUUGAGGGAUUCGUAUUUCGUAAAUACAAUCUUGUUAUUCUUUUUUAGCUGUAGCUUUUUAAAAAUUUUAGUUAACAUGAGAACAUGGUAAACAACACUAUAUAUGUGAGUAAAAAAAUAUUCUUUCUAGUAAAGCCGUAACGCUGUCAUUUUAUCUGGGAAGGGAGCUAUGCAGACUACUAAUAAAGAGAAGUGUCUUGAUAACAAAAUGUUUAAAAACGUAUGUGUUAUUGUUAACACAUACACUACAGAGUUCAAGAAAGGGUCUACCUGUGACAAAAAUAUUACCAGCUUUAAUGACUUAGUUUAACGUAUGUUCCUCUGUUUGUCCUAAUAAUUUUUUUUUGUAAAGAUGCAGUGGGGAAAAAUGUUUUAUUAAUUUUUUAAUAGUUUUUUUUUAUAGAUUACUAGGUUUCGAGAAAAAAUAUGCUUUCAUUAAUUUUUUAAAAUUGAAUAAGAAUAUUUAAAAAUUUUUAAAAAAAUAUAUUCACUUUAUAAAUUAAUGAAAUACUAACGGUCUUUUGUUGUUUUACUAUAAUUCAAAAUUUAUAAAAUUUCAUUAGAAUCACGCUCUCUUACGGAUCACGAAACGUCCUCCUCAAAAUGAUUCUGAUGUAUUCAUAAAUGAGAGUAGAAAUCUCCUUUUUUUAAACUUUAGAGAUCAUUCUUUUCAGUGAAUGGGUUGCCAAAAAUCAAAAUUUAAAAAUGAAGAUCCGACUUCGCAUGACUUACUCAAGGGAAGCCAAUGUUCUAACAGAAAAAUAACGUCGGAUGAUCAUUCCAAUGGUUUACACUCCCUUGACUUAAAUUCCAAAAUUAAUGGUAAUGCUUUAUCAAUUCCUUUUAAUGAACGGCAUGAAGAACAAGAUAAUGUUUUUUACAAAGAAGCUUUGUCUUUUUCUGAAAUGAGCAAUCUCUCACAUCCAAAUGGAUGUUAUCGAAAUCACCGUAUGUCGUCUAAAAUAGUUCGAUCCCAAAAGGUGAAAGAAUCUCAAAUUCGGGAAGAAACCAAAAGUAAUCAUCCAUUUUUUCAAUCACAUCCUGUUUCACAAGAAUUACAUAAAGAUCUUUAUAGUCAUGAGACAACUGAAAAUGUCUACUAUCAAGAGAAAACCAAUAGGGUCUCGUGCGACUUAUUACAUGAACGGAAUAAGGAAGAAGUGAGUGGUAUGAAAUCACGUGAAACGAAAGCGCAGUAUUCAGCGUAUCGUGAAACAAAUGAAGUGCAUAAUGAUCACAACGUAUCUUUACAACAAUGUCAAAAAUCUUGUGAUUUAUUUAAGGAAUUAUCAAAAAAAGAUCAAAUUCUUUUAGAAGGAUCGAUUGUUAUCGGUUGUUUAGGACCUAUUGUUUUACUACCGUGGGAUGCAAAUGAUUUGGAUAUACAAAAUAAUUUCUGGAUUGAUUCGUGGCCUCCACAUAUCGAUUUUAUAUUUAAAAAAUAUUUUCAAAACGAUUACGCCACACUAGCCUCAAAUCUUGAAAAGAAACCUAAUAAAAAAAAAUUUCAAAAAGACGUCCUGGUGUCAAGUCUUUUACCAGAUUCCAUAGGCGAAGAAACUCUAUUUUUAAGAAAAUAUAAUAUUGGUGUAAAUCAUUCUACUUCAAAUUAUCUAGGGUUUAGGAAUGAUUCAAAACAAAUUUGGAUUGAAAAAGAACCACUCAGUAUUAGUAGUAGUAGUAGUAGUUUUACCAAUGGUCCUAUCAAUUAUACUACAAUAGAUCUUUUGCAUAACUCUGUGGUGUCUAGAAUUAACAGAAAGAUUCCAAAUCAACAGAAAAAGUUAAAAUGUUGUUCAAAAUGGGAUUGUCAUAGUAAGAAAAUCAUACGGACGUUAUUGUCUCGUUCCUUGGUUUUUAGAAACAUUGAAAAUAAAACCUUACCUUCAUUAGCUAAAUAUUUUGACAGUCAAAAAGAAUACAAUUCGCAAGCAAACAAUAGAACGUUAUCAGCAGAACCAUUAUUGUUUUCCCAGGAUACAUCAGAAGCAUUUAUGCUUCCUGCACAGCAAACGUUUUUGGAUGAAGAAACAUAUCAACUUCUUUUACAGACCCCAGAAACGAAAGAACGGAAACCAUAUGAGCAAAGUGACAUUCGCGAUUGGUACUUAAGACAGUACAAUAGAAAUGUUGUAACUUCGCGAUCGCUAUGGAGAAUAGAGAGCCGAUUUAAUGAGAAAGUAUCAAAAGAAGAUUCGCACUUUCAUAAUCAUCCUUCUAUUGUUUGUCGUACAAAAUCAAUAAAUUCACAAAAAUUAUUUGAACAAAAAAAUUUCAAUCAAAUGUUUCAAGAACUUUCUAGCGACAAUUUUUUGAACGGAUGGUCUCUACGUGAUGGUCGUUAUACUGAUUUAGAUGGAUAUAUAGGAUUGUCAAAAAAACAACAAAAAAAAUUUUUUACAUGGAAGCGAAUAACGAAUUUAAAAUCAGCAAAACUUAUUUCUCCCUGUUUAAUUCGAAAUCAAGUGGACUCCAAAAAAAUUCGUCAAGGUUUUGUAGGAGACUGUUCGUUUCUAUCUUCGUUAGCUGUCCUGGCCGAAUAUGAAAAAACUAAAAACAUUCCUGUUUUGUCCUCCAUUAUUUAUCCGCAGGCUACCACGGAUUCAUCAAAAAGUUUUCCAGUUCCUGUUGUCAACCCUUCAGGUUUUUAUGCAUGUCGAAUUUUUUUCAAUGGUGUCGCUCGCAAAAUUGUUUUAGAUGAUUAUCUUCCUGUACGACACGAUGAUAAAGUUCUUUCAGCCCAUUCGGAUGACAAACAUGAAUUUUGGGUGUCUUUGCUAGAGAAGUGUUUUGUUAAAUUAAUGGGUGGAUCUUAUUUUUUACAAGGGUCUAAUCCAGGCGCCGAUUUAUAUCAUAUUACUGGGUGGAUACCUGAAACUAUACCGUUUCGCGUUGAUGUACAAUCAGGAAGUCCAGAUAAUUGUAAAGUUCUUGUCACUGGCGGUUACGAUCUGCAAGAGGCAUAUGAAGAGAUGCAAUGGAACCUUGUAUGGGAACAACUUUAUGAUGGUUUGUGUACGGGGAAAUGUGUGGCAUGCCUGGGAACGUCGGACAUUUGGGACUCUGCGCCAAGUGGAUUGAGCUAUCCCGAAGGCGUCAGUCAAUCCAGUGGUAUUGUCGCAAGACAUGCAUAUUCCAUUUUAAGAUUCCGCUACUUAAAUGGUAAAAGGCUCUUAUUUAUGAAAAAUCCCUGGUGCUGUGUUCGAUGGAGAGGUGCGUAUAGUCCUUAUGACAAAAAAAAUUGGACAAAGCAGCUUGAAAAAGAGCUAGGAUAUAACCGCAAAGAAUCGGCGAAAGUUGAUGAUGGGCAGUUUUGGAUAGAAUGGUGUGAUAUCGUGAAAUGGUUUAGUCAUCUUUAUGUGUGUUGGAAUCCCUCAUGUUUUCCCUAUCACACGGAAAUUCAUGGAAAAUGGGAAAGCACGCAGCAUACAGCCCGCUCACUUCUUCCAGAUGAUUCCCACAUUGCUGCUUUCAAUCCUCAAUUUUUAAUACAAGUACAUCCACAAGACCGAAAAAAUUCUAAUCCUUUUGAAUUGUGGAUAUUUUUAAGUCGCCAUAUUCGUGAAAGAAAACGUGACUUAUCUCAAAAAUAUCUUGCCGUUCAUCUAUAUUCAGAUAAUUGUCGUUUAUGUUGCCCUGUACCGCCCGUAAUUCAAGGAGUGUAUACGAAUGGGGAGUGUAUUCUUAUGAAGCUAAUAGUUGAUUUAUCCUCAAAGUCCAAAAUUGUGCCAGUAACGCGUGACCAUUUACCAUCAUCGCUUCCUUUGUCAUCCUUUGAUCAUUCGGAUAAGCAAAGAAAUUCUCUCGUUUUAAAGAAUACAGAAUACGUUCUAGUUGUAUCCCAAUAUUCCCAAAAGGAAGAAUUUAAUUUCACUAUUAAAACUUAUUCACCUGUUAAAACAACGAUUUCUGAACUUCCCCCUUUAAUACCAACCGAAGCUCUUCAAAUUAGUCGUUAUUUAAAGGGAUCCUGGACAAAACCAACAGCAGGUGGAUGUUCUAAUAAUUUAUGGUCUUAUUUUAGCAACCCUCACGUACAGUUGUUUCUUCCCAUUGCUUCAAAUGUACUCAUUUUUUUAGAAUCACCUCAAGAAUAUUCUGUAAAUAUACGAUUAAUUGAAGGAUACUAUGCAACUUCUCGUUUGUUACGAUCUUCAGCAACCCUAUCCUCAGGAGCCUAUAGAUCAGGGUGUUGUGUACUUAGAGCCACUUUGGCUGCUGGUUAUUAUACUCUGAUUCUUUCUACAUUCCAUGAAGCUGAAUUAGGAGAUUUUCAAGUUAUUAUACAAGUAUGGUUAGAUAAGGAGGAUAUAAAAACGAGUGAUGCCAAAAAAUUAUCUUACCUGUUCGAAAAAGGUCUUAUUUUCAAACAUAUACCAAAUUGUUUCGCUAUACCUCCACCACCUCCUUUUUAUUAUAAAAAAUUGCGUUUUAACCAAAUUGAAAAAAAGAACUAUCCGUUUCAAAUUUUUGGAAACGUUAUAACCAUUUACAGUGAAAAUAUAAGUCUAUCUUCCUACAUUAAUGUAUCAAUUAGAUUACAUAUGUCACGUAUCACACCAAUAUCGUUGUUUCCUUCUAUGAUACUUUAUCGAAACAAAAAUUCCGAUUCUCAUGAAAGUGUUUCGUCAUUUCAUUUUGAAAAAAUAAUGUGCAGUGAGUUGGAAGGAGGGCAUACACAUUUUAUUCGACCUUUUAGUAAUGCUGGACAUGAUCUUUUUAAAAAAAUGAAAAUCGUUACAUUAUCCGUCGUCGAUUUGGAUAUGAAAUUUUCCCCUUAUUAUCUUGUCAUAACUCCAGCUCGCUUAUCUAAAAACGAAAAAGGAUCAGCUUGCUUGACUCCGCUUGAUUCCACUUCUUCAUCUAACCCUAUAAAAUCCAAUUCUAUCUCGCUAGAUUUCACAGUCCAUUUUAUCACAGACUAUCCAAUACGCGUAGAAUAAUUAUGGCUUUUUUUAAAUUUCUUCCGCAGAUUUUGUUUCAAUUCUUUUUCCAAAACAAUUUUUUUUUUCUAUUUCUUACUUCAACUUAAACAUCAAUGUCUUCUAUAAACUGAUCAUUACUAGUUUAAUGGUUAAAUCGUUUGAACAAUGUUAGGAAUUCAAUUUUUUUAAAUGCGUCAUCUUUUUGUUUUAAUGUUUCUACAAUUUUUUGCAAUAAGAAUCAACAUGAAGCACAAAAACUGAUUCCGUUGAC